GGUCUCAAUCUCACUAUGCCCUCUCCUGUCUGUUACUCCCCCGCAGUGGAACCUACAGUGACCAUCUCCCCAUCCAAGACAGAGGCUCUAAACCACCACAACCUGCUUGUCUGCUCGGUGACAGACUUCUAUCCAGGCCACAUCAAAGUCCGGUGGUUCCGGAACGGCCAGGAGGAGACAGCCGGCAUUGUGUCCACCCCCCUUAUUAGGAAUGGGGACUGGACGUUCCAGAUCCUGGUGAUGCUGGAAAUGACCCCACAGCGAGGAGACGUCUACACCUGCCACGUGGAGCACCCCAGCCUCCAGAGCCCCAUCACGGUGGAGUGGCGAGCACAGUCUGAAUCCGCCCAGAGCAAGAUGCUGAGUGGCGUCGGGGGCUUCGUGCUGGGGCUGCUCUUCCUCGGGCUGGGCCUUGUCAUCCGUCACCGGAAACAGAAGGGUGAGGAGCUCUGGGGACCUGGGGACGGGCUCCUGCACUGACUCCUGAGGACACUUUGACUGGCCUUGGUCUUCUCUCUUCUGAAAUGCCUGCCUGCCCUUGCCCAGAAUUCCCAGCUGUCUGUCAGCCUGUCCCUCUGAAACCUGAGUCCUACAGUGACACUGAUGGACUCAGGUCACCUCCUGUGAUCCCCACCCCAAGGAUCUGCCUGCCUUGCUGCUUCCUGCACGGACCCCGGGAGCCUCCCAACAGCAUCUGCUCAGGCCCCACGGCGUUUUCCUGUGUCUUUUCUCCCCCACAGACUGUUCAAGAGAAGCACAUCGAAACCAUUUACCUGUCUACACAGCUUUAAUCAUAAUUAAACAUAUUAUGAGUUAUCUGUAUCCUGAACUUCCUUAGAUGAGCAGAGGUAGGAAAGCAAGCAGAAU